CUACUUAAUUGAAAUGGGUGUGUGCUAUCUGGUACUAUGCGAGAAGUCCUAUCCUAAGAAGCUCGCCUUCUCAUACCUGGAGGAGGUUCAAAAAGAAUUCUACCAAGCAUACGCAAAUGAGAUUGGAACCGCUGCCCGUCCAUACGCGUUCAUCUCAUUCGACACGACCAUCCAGAGACUCAAGCGACAGUACAUGGACUCCCGUGCCAACCGCAACCUCAACAAACUCAACAACGAAUUACAAGACGUGCAGCGUAUCAUGACUCAGAAUAUACAGGAUGUGCUGGGCCGCGGCGAGAAGAUAGAGC